AUGAUUUAGUUAUUGCAUUGUAAGCUAUGGAGCAAAGAAGGGCUUUGGGGAUUGAAAACUACGUUGAAAGAGCAUAUUUGGCAAUUGAAAAAGAUAAAGCAGCAGCCAAAGAAGAUGAAAACAAGUAGUUUGGUGAUCAAAGAAACUAAAAAAAGGAAGGGUAUCAA